AUGCAGGUGCAUUUGCAGGACAGCAAAGAGCAGCUGGCUGGGUCACCACCACCAACGUUGGAUUCCCAGUUUCUUUCCAUGCUGCCCAAAGUGAGGCGCGAGCAUUUGCUUCUCGACAACUCGCUCCCGCGUUGGCUACCGCUUCUGGCCAGCUCCCCCGACUGGACUGCUGGAAAAUGGGGCCUUCCAAUCGGCGAUCCUCACGGCGCCAGCGCCGUGGUUGUUUUCCCCACCUUUCCGCUUUCGGUGACAGCGCUGUGUGUCGCGUUCCCCCAAUUGCAGAGGAUGACGUACAUGACCAGGAAGCUCUGGCCUCUGCCCUCUGACGUCUGUGAGCGGGAUCUACGAUACAAAACGCCAGCCAUGCCUUCGCUUUGGGGUUCGAGGAACAAGAAGGACGACGAUCAGGAGGUCCGUGAUGGGCCUGGUCCUCCGGAAGAGAGAGGUUCGAAUGAGUACGCGGCACGGGAACCCGAUGAACACACUCGACUCCUACCGAACCGGCUCGACAGCGACAACCGCCAGUAUUUGACGCCCGAUGACCCGGCGGUGUCUCCUUACAACCUGUGGACGGUGCGAUUGCUGCGAUGGGUGACUGUUCUCUUCACGGCACUCACUUUCACGUGGUGGACUCUGACUUUGGUUUCCUCCUUCGUUACGCCGCCUGGGAUGCACACCCGCGGUUCCGGAUUUUACGCCUUCAGCUAUUCGAGUGUGGCACUGUUCACGCUUCUGUUUACUCUUGUGUUCUUUGCGGCUCCGUCCAAGGCUGUCCGGGUUCUGGCCAUCUUUAUGGCUCUCAUGCUACUUGUCAACAUGAUCCUCAUUGUUGCGGUGCAGAAGAACCGUUACGAAGAGGCUGGAGUGGGAGUUGCGAGUGUUGUCUGGGCAUUCGUCGUGAGCUUGUGGGCACUCGCCUGUGACCGAACUGUGAAAUGGGGCAAGGCUGAAGAGGAGGAGAGGCUGACUGGCCGCGUUGAGACGAGACGCACAGUCUGGGAAUGGACCGAGGUGCUCAUCUCGACGGUGGCCUAUGUCGUCCUGUCUCUGAUCAUCAUUCUUAUCACUGCCACUCUGAUUCUACGAUCUCUCGAUGCCGGGUUUGGCCCGCCGGGCGAGCAGUACUGGGUCGAUGGCGACCAAUACCGCAUUCACGUCUACUGCGAUGGCAACGGCACCGAUGCCGCGGGCAACAAGCUACCUACUGUUUUCUUCGAGGGAGGUGACUUGCCAGUCGAGAAUGGACUGUGGCAGUUUGCGCAAAACGCUCUGAAGAACGACUCCAUCUCAAGAUACUGCUUUGCCGACCGUCCGGGCUACGGAUGGAGCGAUACCGCCCCCAGCCCUCUGUCAGCAGGCAUGGCAACUGACGCCCUUAGCGAGGCUCUCGCACGAGCUGGUGAGAAGGGCCCUUGGAUCCUUGCCAGCGCUGGAAUUGGUUCCGUUUACUCUCAAAUCUUCUCCUCUCGACACGGCAGAGAAGUAAACGGCCUUCUUCUGAUCGAUCCGCUUCACGAAGACCUUCUUCACCGGGUUUCGGACCCCGGUAGAGGCUUCUCCUACUGGCUUCGUGGCGUAUUCUCCCCUCUUGGAAUCGAACGUCUCCCAGGCGCCAUCUUCCGUGGACGCACUAGCGCAGACCGCGUCUGGGGUCGUUCAGCCAGACAGAGUGGAAAGUACCUGUUCUCAAAGUUGCAGGAGAGUCUCGUAGCUGAUUCACUCACCAAGCGCGAGGUGAUUAGUAGUAAGGCCAUCCAGUACCCGAAUACCCCACUGGUGGUCAUCAGCUCCGGCGUCAACAUUCGCAAGGACAGCGAAUGGGAGGACAAGCAGAGAGAUUUCAGCCAUCUGACGAGAAACCUGAAGCAUUGGGAUACGGUCGACGACGCGCCUCACAACGUGUGGGAGACGUUGGAUGGACGUCAGAAGAUUGAGAAGAGACUCCGGCAAAUGGUCCAUGCGUGA